GUACCAUCGUUUUCGCAGCUCUCGGCGGUACCGGUUCAUUCUCCGGCUAUUCUAUUGCCAAUUUGGCAGCUACCCCGUCAUUCCCUUUUCUCUAUUUCUUCGCUGACUAAGAUCUCUUUCAGAUUUUGAUUGUUUAGCUCAUUACAUUGACCGAUCAAGGACCACUUUGAUCUCUCGCCUACUUCCUCCAUUUCCACUCAUCACUAUCCACCCUCUCUUCCCUAUCAGUGUGCUCUAUUUCUCCUCAUUUGGCUACUUAGCAGUUCUGAUUGGAAGGAUGGCAGCUGCGGCCCAGCUCCGUUGCUAUGUUUCUGCUAGACAAUAUUCAAGUUCUUCUUCCCAGAAUCCCCGCGUUUUGAAUCCCAAUUGCCCUGCUGUUUCUUUCCCAUUUUCUGAUCCUCAAAUCCAUUCGCUUCGCCUUCUUCCUCACCCGAAACUUUCUAAGCCUGAGUUUUCUUACGGUGGAGGCAAUGGCAGCAGCGGAAUAGGUCGCGGGUUUGGUGGUGGUGGCAGCGGUGGCGGCGGCGAAAGUGGAGGAUGGAGUAGUGAUUCCAAUUUCGAGAAUUCGUCAUCCUCGGGAUUUGGGAUACUUGGUCUUUUCCUGAGCGGAUGGCGAUCUAGAGUUGCUGCUGAUCCACAGUUCCCUUUCAAAGUUCUAAUGGAGGAAUUGGUUGGUGUCUCCGCUUGUGUUCUUGGUGACAUGGCUUCGCGUCCUAACUUUGGACUCAAUGAACUCGACUUCGUAUUCUCGACUCUGGUAGUUGGUUCCAUAAUGAAUUUCACCCUCAUGUACCUCUUGGCACCUACCGCGUCUGCUGCAAGUACCAGUCUCCCUGCCAUCUUCGCAAGUUGCCCAACAAGCCACAUGUUUGAGCCUGGUGCCUUUACCCUCAUGAAUCGACUGGGCACUUUUGUUUACAAAGGAACCAUCUUUGCAGCUGUUGGUUUCGGCGCUGGACUAGUAGGAACUGCAAUCUCAAAUGGGUUGAUUGCGAUGAGGAAGAAGAUGGAUCCAACUUUUGAGACGCCAAACAAGCCACCUCCAACAGUUCUAAAUGCAGUGACAUGGGCUCUUCACAUGGGCAUUAGCAGUAACUUGAGAUACCAAACUCUGAACGGUGUAGAGUUUUUGCUGCAGAAAGGGCUUUCUCCUCUGGCUUUCAAGAGCUCAGUAAUUGUUCUUAGAUGCUUGAACAACGUGCUGGGUGGAAUGUCGUUUGUUAUAUUGGCAAGGUUAACAGGGUCCCAGAGCGUCGGAGAAGCGAAAUCUGUUGGGGACGAGGGUGCAGAGAAGGAGAAGUUGAUUGAUGGGGAAGACGAGUUGCAGAGCAAUCAGUCGACUUUCAAGUGAAGAGAUCGCUCUUGUUAUCCACAAUGUCUAUACAUGUAAUAAAAAUCCAAUGAUGAGAAGUCUUGUCUAGGAUUGGGAUUGUCAUUUAGUUUCUAGGUGAUGAUUUUGGUCCUCUAUCACUUGAAUGUGUGCAAUGGAACAGCCCCACCGUUUUCAAUA